CAAGAGGAAGGCAUAAAAAACCGUAGUUUCUUCUCAGAUUUCAAGAAAAAAUAUGCAAGAAUUCCUUUGGAGAAGAUACCAAAGGUCAGAGGUUAUGACAAGAUUACAGCAACCAAAGGUCAGAGGUUGUGACAAGAUUACAGCAACCAAAGGUCAGAGGUUAUGACAAGAUACAGCUGACUAGUAUUGUGGAUCAUUACAGAUUGUAACCUAUAGCCAUGGCAACCCACAUCAAUAAAAACACAGGGUCAGACAUUGAUGCCUCGUUUUCUUCCUCCUUCUGUACGGAGCUGGAUGAACAGAUGUUGGUUGCCAUGGAGACACUGGAGAGGCCUCAAAGGUCACAGAAAGCCAAUAAGAUCCGAGCUGGCCUGACAUCAUCACCAGGAUGUGUGACCCCGUUACCAAGACGACAGUCCCAGCUGAUGAAGUCCCUGUUCACCCUCCAGAGUCCCCUAAAUGACAGCUUCCUCUCCCCCUUCCCGUCCCAGAACAAAUCCUCCAAUACAAAGAAAGGGGAGGAAAACCUGACCCCCGCCACAUCAGAUAGCUCUGUUAGACUCAGUAGAGGUGGAAAGCCCAACAGAAAGAAACCAAGGAAUGUUUUAAAUGAAAUUGUCAAUGACAAAGUAAAGGAAGGUGAAGGGGGUGUAGAGGAGGAGAAGAAUGUGAUUGACCUUGAUGUGAUAGGUCAAAGAUCAAGGACAGAGGAAAAUACUGGUGAUGUUAGUUCUGAAACACAGAAAAGGGUGGCUGAAAAUCAAGAGAUGAUGGAAAAUGCGAAUGCUGAUGGAGGUUUGACAGAAGACAAACUGUUAUUAAGUAACUGGGGACUUCCUGAGCCUGUGUUAAAACAGUACACAGAUAAGGGGAUCACCUCAAUGUUUUCCUGGCAAGCAGAAUGUCUGUGUUUACCCGGGGUGCUAGGGGGUGACAACCUGGUAUACUCGGCCCCCACUGUUAUUCUGCAGAGUUAUCUAUCUUUGUUAUUUCCGUGUAAUUCUAGGGGAGGUACCCUGGUAUACUCGGCCCCCACUAGUGCUGGUAAAACAAUGGUGGCAGAACUCCUGGUCCUAAAGCGAGUCCUAGAAACAAAGAAGAAAGCCAUCUUUAUCCUACCUUUUGUGUCUGUGGCCAGAGAGAAGAUGUUCUAUUUACAACAGUUGUUCCAGGAUGUUGGGGUGGUAGUGAGCGGGUUUAUGGGGAGUUACUCCCCUCCUGGGGGGCUCAGUCAGGUGGACAUAGCGGUGUGUACCAUAGAGAAAGGAAACGGACUGAUCAACAGACUGAUGGAGGAAAACAGCAUCAACAAGCUAGGUAUUAUAGUGGUAGACGAGUUACACCUUGUAGGAGACCAACACAGGGGCUACCUGCUAGAACUGAUGCUCACCAAGAUCCGAUUCCUCAGUCAGAAAAAGUCAACAAAAACAACCGACACUGAGGAUUCUGGCUGUACAGAAGGAGUCCAGAUUGUAGGUAUGAGUGCCACCCUACCUAACCUUGACCUUCUGUCUCACUGGCUGGACGCCACGCUCUACCGCACAGACUACCGCCCCGUACCUCUCACCGAGUGUGUCAAACUGGGGGCAGACAUCUUUGAUUCCAGUCUACAGAAAAUCAGAGAGGUGGAUCUUAGAGUGGUGUGUAAGGGGGAUACAGAUCAUGUGAUUCCGCUGUGCUUAGAAACAUUGGGUGGGGGACACUCAGUGCUUAUUUUCUGUCCAACGAAGAACUGGUGUGAGAAGUUGGCAGAGACAAUUGCCAGGGAGUUUUACAACAUUCUGAAGAAAGGUCCUGAGACGGACUGUUCUUCCCCUCUACCCCUGAACAGACCCUCCCUGAUGGAGGUCGUAGAACAACUGAGGAGGACUCCUGUGGGGUUAGACUCUACCCUGGGGAAGACCGUGCCGUACGGGGUGGCUUAUCACCACGCAGGUUUGACCUUUGAUGAGAGAGACAUUUUAGAGGGGGCCUUCAGACAGGGGUCAGUUAAGGUCCUGGUAGCUACCUCCACCCUGUCUUCCGGGGUCAAUCUUCCUGCCCGCCGUGUUAUCAUCAGGACCCCGAUCUUCCACGGCAAAACCAUAGACUUCCUGACAUACAAGCAGAUGAUUGGUCGAGCUGGAAGAAAGGGGGUGGAUACACAGG